GUCAUUUGCGAGCCAUUUGUGAAUCCUUCCGCACUGUCACCAACAUGGCAAAAUCAACUCGAUCAAAACGAAAAAAACGCGAUGAAGGUGUAUACGCAGCAACUGAGGCUGCACGUCUACAGAGACUCAACUCUAAAUUGACGGCAAAAAUUGAUGGUGGAGAUGAGGAAUUAGCAGAACCUGUGGAAGGUGAUGCUGCACAAGAUGAUUCUACAGCACCAGAUGCUAUGGAUCUCGAUGAUUCUGCAAAAGCGUCGACAACAAAAUCAUCGCACGUCUCGACUCAUGGUCCAAGGAACUCACGAAGGGAGGAGUGGAGAAAGUCAAAAGGCAUGACGCCUGUACCGAAGUCGACGAGGAUGAACCGCCAGGGACUACCAGCAGCACGGCGGAAGUCUGGGCGCCCGUCACGUCGGCGAUGAUGCGUGGUAAACGACCCUAGUCUUUUUAUCAGGUUGCCUUAUCACCAUGCCAUCUGUAUACCACAUCAAAAAGCAUUAUACUUGCGACAACAGAGCUUCAGGUCCAUCUCCAUACCAUCUCCGAGUCACAUCCGUACUAGAUAGCCUGCGUCGGCAGAAACCUUACUUAACGAAGAGUGGCUAAAGUGUGCAGCAAUAAUAUUUAGCCGAGGUUCAGAUAAUGCUUGUAAAUGAAUGAUGAUGAUCAAUGGACAUUGCAGCAGCAUGUAUUCAAAGG